GUGUGUGCGUUUCUUUACAGAUUUAUUGUCUGCAUUGCCAAGUUAACUUUUUAAUGAUACAACAUGGGAAAUGGUAUGAACAAGGUGUUGCCUGGCUUGUAUGUGGGCAAUUAUCGAGACUCCAAAGAUACCCAACAAUUGGACAAAUUCAAGAUAACCCACAUAGUGGCCAUACAUGAUAGUCCACGCAGAUUAUUACCGGAUAAACACUACCUAUGCGUCAUGGCUGCCGAUACACCCGAUCAAAAUCUCUCACAAUAUUUUACCGUCUGCAAUGAUUUUAUACACGCUGCCCGUUUGCGUGAGGGCAAUGUUCUCAUUCACUGUUUGGCCGGGAUGUCACGUUCCGUCACGGUUGCCGUUGCCUACAUCAUGACUGCCACCAACCUGAGUUGGAAAGAUGCCCUGAAAGUUGUGCGCGCUGGACGCGCCGUGGCCAAUCCAAAUGUGGGCUUUCAAACACAACUGCAGGAAUUCGAAAUGUACCGUUUGAGCGAAGAACGUAGACGUUUGCGGGAACGUUAUCCCUCCAUGGCUUUGGAGAAGUUGGAUCGCAUGAAAUGCAUGGCAGCCCUGGACAACUAUGAGGAGCUAUUGCAGAAUCGUGACAUUUGUGAGGGGAAUUGUGUGCGUGGAGAAAAAUGUCCCACAGGUGUUUGCAACAUGGACCCCACCAAAGGUCUUUUCCGCCGACGACCUUCAUCUGCCUCAACACGAUCACGCCUCCGACCACAAGCUUCAACGGGUGGCGUAACCACCGCUCAAUCGUGCCCAACGUCACCUAAACACUCCGGCCAAGGCCAAGUGGGAUCGCGUCGUUCACUGGGCGGCGAGGGGAUACCUGAAGACGAUGAGGCCCACCUUAGUCCUACCACCUCGUCUGAGGCUGCCGAAUAUGCGGCCGCCAUUGAGGCCAGUAAACGAGAAGCCCAAGAACGUCAACAACAACAGCGACAACUGCAACGUUCACCCUCACGGAAUUCGACACGUUCACCGCGUGUCAGUAGUGCUGGCAGCCGUUUGACCGGUGGUGGGGGCGGUAGUAAUGGCGGCACACAUUUACAACGCAGUGCCAGCACUGUCAGUGGCCUGGCGGUGCGUCCUCGCAGUAGUCCUGCUGGUUUACAUUCCUAUACAGGUUCCGUGCCAUCGUCCGUCCAUGGCUCACGUGUCGAUUUGCGUGACACCGAAAAGGGAUCGGCCAUUUAUUUAGGAUGCUCAGCACCACGCAACUCUACCCUGUCACUGGCCUCGUCGGGCUCCUCAGCACCAGCUUCGCCGGCAAGAACACCACCCGUGAGUCCCAGACAUGGCGUCAGAAGAUCAGCAAGUUUGGUCAAGAAACCAAGAUGAAAUUACUGGUCAACCACCAUCGAAAAUCGUAAUUUGUGAAAAGAUGUUCGUUGAUGCGGUGUUACAAAAACACACACAC